CCGAAUAUCGACGGCUCGCGACAAUCCCGCGUUCUCGUUCGAUCGCGCUUUGCAACUUGUCGCGUUGUCGGAUUCCGCGCGCGCGUCACGUUUCCACGCGAGACAGUGCAAACGUUCGAAACGUGAUUCGGGAACGAUAUAUCGCUUCUCCCUUUUCCGUGAGUCACAACGUCCGCUGUAUCGCGAAAGAAUGCGUUACGUGGCCGCUUACAUGCUGGCUGCUUUGGGAGGCAAGGCCUCGCCAAGCCAGAAUGACAUCGAAAAGAUCCUGUCGUCGGUGGGUAUCGAAGCCGACGCCGAGAAGCUGAAGAAGGUCAUCACCGACCUGAAUGGAAAAUCGAUAGACGAACUGAUCACGCAGGGCAGGGAGAAGUUAUCGUCUAUGCCAGUUGGAGGUGCGGCUGCCGCUGGUGCCCCUGCAGCUCCCGCUGGCGCGGCGGCUCCGGUUGAAGAGAAGAAAGAGGAAAAGAAACCGGCUAAGGAGGAAUCUGAAUCCGAGGACGACGACAUGGGCUUCGGCUUGUUCGACUGAAGAUACUUUUCUUCUCUUUUUAUUUUGUCAACACGGGACGAACGCGCUGCAUUCUGUAGCAGUGGUGCGAGCAGUUUCCUAAUUACUUUUGUAGACUUUAAGGGAUCGGCGCUGAUGCUACUGCUGGAGAAUAAAGCGUACUUUUAAACAAACU